CAGAAAAGGACCAUCUUUUUAAUUCAAGUUCCCCUUAAAUUCUCAACCAGCAAACUAACCAAAUACUUAGUUUUGUAAGCUUUUUCUCUUCCCUUCCCCCUUUAUUCUUAGUUUAUGAUGUUAAGCUCUUAAUGACAAAGAAGCCAAGCCCACCUGGGUAGUUUUCCAACACACGUAAAGCAAAUCACAGUCAUACUUCCAUUUUAACCAAGCAUGACAACAAGGUGACUGAGUAGCUUUCCAAACUACCAGAGCAGCAGGCACUACCUUGCAUAGGCUGGCGUUAAAUCUGCACUUCAUAAAUCGUGCAGGCUCCUGCCCAUUUAGAUGAUCUCUUCUCUGCAGAAUCGGCAGUCUAACACUGGUUCUUCCAAGCAUUAAAAAUCAUCACUCUGCUAUCCCAACUCACUGUUCAGAUGGGUCUUCCUGAAUGCAGCCUUUAUUACAACCUCACUGCUGCUUCAUACACUGCAGGAAUACCAUGUUUUUUAAGUCAGGAGCUCUCUUUCUCGCUUUAUUAUAAUCAAGGGGUCUUACAACGACCCCGAUACUGUUAAAAGCACGGUGCUUUAUAACAGUAAAGCUUCUGGAAAACCCAAACAAAAGACACGUCACCCGGUGACGUCAGCCUAUAUACAGUUCUGUGUGGUCGCAGCACAUAAGCAAUUCCAUUCUUGUGCCGUUUCUCGGAAAAGCUUUUCAGUAAAUGCACUCAUGCUGCUCCAGGAGCUCUUCUCUGCAACAAGCCGCCCAUCUGCCAUCAACAAGUUAAGACCGAGAGAACUAACGGCUGCGGAAAGGAGAGACUGAAGCUUUGAUUAACCAGCUGAGCAGUUAAAGGAGGACAAAAUUUAAUAACUUACAUUCAAAACUGAUUGAGGAAUCAGAGAAGACAGAGAAAAUGAAACCAAUGCUUUCGAGAGGAAUAUCCUAAGGAAAAAAUAACUCACCCUGCUGGAUGAUUUUACUCAGAAAGCCUGGGACACAGAAAACAGGAAACUGGUCAAAGGCUCCUGCAUGUUAGAGCCUUUUACAGACUCACUGCGUUGAGUCUAACAACCGCGACUGAAUGCAGCCUCCAAUGUGCUCAGAAGAAUGGGCUUACAUUUCAAGUGGCCAUUAGGGGCCCCUAUGCUGGCAGCAAUAUAUGCAAUGAGUAUGGUUUUAAAAAUGCUGCCUGCCCUGGGUAUGGCGUGUCCACCCAAAUGCCGCUGCGAGAAGCUGCUCUUCUACUGCGACUCUCAGGGCUUCCGCUCAGUGCCAAACGCCACAGACAAGGGCUCUCUGGGCCUGUCCCUGAGGCACAAUCACAUCACAGAGCUCGAAAGGGAUCAAUUUGCCAGCUUCAGUCAACUUACCUGGCUCCACUUAGACCACAAUCAAAUUUCAACAGUAAAAGAAGAUGCUUUUCAAGGACUAUAUAAACUUAAGGAAUUAAUCUUAAGUUCCAACAAAAUAUUUUAUUUACCAAACACAACUUUUACUCAACUGAUUAACCUGCAAAAUUUGGACCUGUCUUUUAAUCAGCUGUCAUCUCUGCACCCAGAGCUCUUCUAUGGCCUUCGGAAACUGCAGACCUUGCAUUUACGGUCCAACUCCCUGCGGACUAUCCCAGUACGCCUAUUCUGGGACUGUCGUAGUCUGGAGUUUCUGGAUUUGAGCACAAACCGUUUGCGAAGUUUGGCUCGCAAUGGAUUUGCAGGAUUAAUCAAACUGAGAGAGCUUCACCUAGAGCACAACCAGCUGACGAAGAUUAAUUUUGCUCAUUUCCUACGGCUAAGCAGUCUGCACACACUCUUCUUACAAUGGAACAAAAUUAGCAACUUGACAUGUGGGAUGGAGUGGACCUGGGGCACUUUAGAAAAGCUAGACCUGACUGGAAACGAAAUCAAAGCCAUCGACCUGACAGUGUUUGACACGAUGCCUAAUCUUAAAAUUCUCCUCAUGGAUAACAACAAGUUAAAUAGCCUUGAUUCCAAGAUCUUAAACUCCCUGAGAUCCCUCACAACUGUUGGCCUCUCUGGCAAUCUGUGGGAAUGCAGCCCUCGAAUAUGUGCUUUGGCCUCCUGGCUGGGCAGUUUCCAAGGUCGGUGGGAACAUUCCAUCCUAUGUCACAGUCCUGACCACACCCAAGGAGAGGAUAUACUAGAUGCAGUCCAUGGAUUUCAGCUCUGCUGGAAUUUAUCAACCACUGUCACUGCCAUGGCUACAACUUACAGGGAUCCAACCACUGAAUAUACAAAAAGAAUAAGCUCAUCAAGUUACCAUGUGGGAGACAAAGAAAUCCCAACUACUGCAGGCAUAGCAGUUACUACUGAGGAACACUUUCCCGAACCAGACAAUGCCAUCUUCACUCAGCGGGUAAUUACAGGAACAAUGGCUUUAUUGUUUUCUUUCUUUUUUAUUAUUUUUAUAGUGUUCAUCUCCAGGAAGUGCUGCCCUCCCACUUUAAGAAGAAUUAGGCAGUGCUCAAUGAUUCAGAACCACAGGCAGCUCCGAUCCCAAACACGACUCCAUAUGUCAAACAUGUCAGACCAAGGACCGUAUAAUGAAUAUGAACCCACCCAUGAAGGACCCUUCAUCAUCAUUAAUGGUUAUGGACAGUGCAAGUGUCAGCAGCUGCCAUACAAAGAAUGUGAAGUAUAAUAUCUACCCGUCAUCAAAAAUUACAUCAGAUAAGUAACCUAUUUUACAUAGUAGGGGAUAAAUACAUACCUAAUUUUUACCAAUGGUGACAUUAAGCCUAAUUUUCCAAACCAAGUGGAGACUUAAGUUUUUGAAGUGUUGAAGUAUUUUUAAUUUUUUUUAAUGAACCCAUAUUUUAAGUGUUAUAUGAAGCAAAGCUCAUAUUAAUUUGCACUCUUGUUGCAAAGUCUAAAAAUGCUUAUUUCAAAAUAAGACAUUUCAUGUAUGUAAUUAUUAUAUACUAUCAUGUGUAAACAUUUACACUAAGGUCUCCAUAUGCUAUUUUUUUCUACUGAAAACAGUUUGGAAAGAAGCUACUGAGCAGAAAAAGAUAUGGAUCAAUACUUGUUAGAUCACUGCUCUCCAUCCCAAGAACCACAACUGGCUUGCUGCUUAAAAGGAGGCUUAGCAAAGUUUUCGUCUAUGACAAUUUGGUAUUUACUCAAAUCUACAAUUUAUUGCCAGUGUGGGAAGUAGAAUUUCAUGUAUGCUGAAGACUGGUAAAUAUUAAACACUCUUCUUCCAGAGUUUUUGCCUGGGUUAGUAGACACUAUCAAAGUCCACAUUAUGAAAUCAGAACCCUUUAUGUAAUUCUAAUAAGCUGAGUGACUCUUUAGUAUAUUUAAACAAUGAAUCCAAGUGAUUGUGAAAAGGUCUCAUUACAAUGAAAUCAAUAGUAAAUAAUCACACUGACUUCACAUUAUACAACUCUAAUUUGACUUAUAAUGGAAAUGUUGAUUUUUGUGGCACUUAGACAAUUUUUAAACUAAUCUAAAAAUCAUUUUACUAAUUCGUUUACUAAAUCCUAUAUUUACAUUUAUAUGUGAAAAAAGAUUUAGAAAUUAUUUCGGAGAGAAAAGAGAUAAACUGAGUCCAUUUAACAAUCCUGUGACCUGCUCCCUGUAGUAUGAAAGCACACACACCAAUUCUCUCCCUCCCUCCACGAUCAAAGAUGCCUUGACAAAGGGGUUUAAACCUCUUUCUUCUGCCUUUUCCUAAUCUUCAAACCUCAAAAAGCCAAAUUAAAAAUAAUCGGCUAGCAACAGAAUAUACUGGAAUACAGUACAAUGGAACCAAGAAAAAAAUCACUUUCUAAAUAUGAUAUGCUAAAAUUUGACUGUUUAAUAAAGAUACAUAUCCAUACUGUAAGAGCAGUUCCUUCUAAGUGAAGGGAAUAACAUUACUGAGGCAAGCUUUCUCGUGGGAGAAUACCCUACAUGCCUAUGCAGCCACAAGGAUGUGAAGGGAUGAAACAGAAAGGCAGCAUUUUGAAAUGUGACCCGCAGAAACAGUUUAGCUUAAGUUAAAAAGGCAACCAAGAGUGAGGCAAAGGAUAACUACACAAUCUGCAUCAAACAGGGCAAGGCCCUGGGUCCUGCAGCUGAAAAAGAAAGUGUUAAUAGAUACAUUCCAUAAUUAACAAAUGAUAAUGAUGCCACACUUUUCAUGCAGAAAACUGCCGUAAGUAUUUUGUUUCUUUGAUUAUGAUUUCUACAAAGAAACUAUGACAUAUUUGGGAUUUAGAUGAAAGUCACCAAUCCAUACAUAAUUUUUCCAUAAACGAGGCUCCAUGUAUGCAGUAGCAAAACCCAUUAAAUUAGACCACUGACUUAAUUUUGAAAAAAUGAGCAUUUCUACAACUGACAUUUAAUGUAUGUGAAAAAAGGCAUGUAUCCUUAGAGAAAACAACAACCAUUAAAAAAAAAAAAAAAAAAAGGUUAUCUUUUCCUUAAGAUGACCAUUAACAUGAUAU